GGGACACUGAGGGUCUUGAAUGACCAUGAGCAACCCUUUUGUACAGAUUGUGGAGCCACUGGACCCUAAACAGCCUCUGAAGAAGUUCUUUAAUCUGAGCAAAUUGGAAGAUGUGAGAUACGCACGCCUGCCGUUUUCUAUUCGAGUCCUCUUGGAAGCAGCAAUCCGUAACUGUGAUGAAUUCCUAGUGAAGAAGAGAGAUGUUGAGAAUAUUCUCAACUGGAAAGUGAUGCAACACAGGAAUGUUGAAGUGCCGUUUAAGCCUGCAAGAGUUAUUCUCCAGGACUUCACUGGGGUACCUGCUGUGGUUGACUUUGCUGCAAUGCGUGAUGCUGUGAAGAAACUUGGUGGGGACCCUGAAAAAAUCAAUCCUAUCUGUCCUGCUGAUCUAGUGAUAGAUCACUCCAUCCAGGUUGAUUUUAACAGGCGAUCAGACAGCUUGCAAAAAAAUCAGGACCUGGAAUUUGAAAGGAACAAAGAAAGGUUUGAAUUCUUAAAGUGGGGCUCUCAGGCAUUUAAAAACAUGAGGAUUAUUCCGCCAGGCUCGGGGAUCAUCCACCAAGUGAACUUGGAGUACCUGGCAAGAGUUGUGAUGGAUCAGGAUGGCUACUACUAUCCAGACAGUGUGGUGGGCACUGACUCGCACACCACCAUGAUAGAUGGUUUGGGAGUGCUUGGCUGGGGUGUCGGUGGCAUUGAAGCAGAAGCAGUGAUGUUGGGCCAGCCAAUCAGCAUGGUGCUUCCUGAGGUGGUUGGCUAUAAGCUGCUAGGAAACCCCCAGCCACUGGUAACGUCCACUGACAUUGUGCUCACCAUUACCAAGCACCUUCGCCAAGUUGGAGUCGUGGGUAAAUUCGUGGAGUUUUUUGGUCCUGGUGUAUCCCAGCUGUCAAUUGCUGACCGAGCCACUAUUGCCAAUAUGUGUCCAGAGUAUGGAGCAACAGCUGCCUAUUUCCCAGUGGAUGAUAUUAGCAUUGAGUACCUGAUACAAACUGGUGAGUGUAAGAAGAGACCAUGA